AUGCCUGAUGGCCCCUUCGCCCCGAAGAAAGAAUUCGACAGUUUUAUUUCAAAAAAAGCCGAGUCAGAGGACCCACUGUUCUUCAGCAUCGUUGAUCGCACUUCCAACGGCAAUCGUGAUAGUGGCAAGGUAACUGGAUUCCUAAGCCUUCUCCGCAUCGAUGUCAAGAAUCGUGUGGUGGAAAUUGGCUUCGUUACCUUUUCACGCGAACUACAGCGUACCACACCAGCAACAGAAACCAUGUACCUAUUGCUUAAAUGGGUGUUUGAAGAGUUAAAUUUCCGCAGGUGUGAGUGGAAGUGUAAUGAUUUGAAUGAACCGUCAAAACGGGCGGCGGAAAGGUUGGGGUUUGUGUUUGAGGGUUUGUUCAGACAGCAUAUGAUUGUGAAGGGACGGAAUCGGGAUUCGUCAUGGUUUUCUAUUGUCGAUAGGGAGUGGGAGGGAAAGGUUAGAGGAAGUUUUCAAGGGUGGCUGAGUGCUGACAAUUUCGAUUCGGAGGGGAGGCAGAUCAAAGAUCUUUCGAGUAUUAGACAAGGAUACUAA